AUGCAGGUAUACCUCAAAGAUGCUUCCGGCUGCAAUAAAUGAGCACUGUCAAGGAACCUAUGAUUUCAUUUAUUCGCCAAUUGGCUUCAAGGCAAGAAAAUUAAUUAUUUGAUGAGCUCGACUCCCUCUUGAAGUGCCUUAGGCUGGCGUGAUUGGAGAAUAAAUGCAACGUGGGCUAUGCAUUCAUCAACAUGAUUGAUCCACAACAGAUUAUUCCAUUCCAUAAGGCAUUCAAUGGCAAAAAAUGGGAAAAGUUCAACAGUGAAAAAGUGGCGUUGCUUGCAUAUGCUAGGAUUCAAGGAAAAGCUGCUCUUAUCACCCAUUUCCAGAACUCAAGCUUGAUGAAUGAAGAUAAACAAUGCCGUCCUAUUUUUUUUCAUACUGAUGGUUCGAAUGCUGGUGAUCAGGAGCCCUUUCCCAUGGGUACUAACAUUCAAUCAAAACCCAAAAAGCCUCAAACAACCAGCCCUGAGAACAAUCGCCAAGUUUGCUCCUCGACUUCAGCAAAAGGGGAGGAACCUUCCAAUGGGGUAGAACCUUGGUCAGGUUAUCCCAAGUAUUCUAACUGAGCUGUCUGCUUUACCAAGCAGUAAUUGUGGAAGAGUAGUUUUGAUAAUCCAAAUGCAUUUUGUAACUAUAGUUUCUUGACCAUUUCAUUUGUUUUUAGGAAAAUUUUUGUAUGAAUGGCUGAUAUAAGUAUAGAGAACAGCUUAAAAAUGUUCCUGAGUCUAUGCAUGACUCCAAGGAUCCCUGUUGUUCUCAAUUUUGUAUACUGAUGUCUCCAAAUGUAAUUUUCUUCCUUUUUGCUCAAGGAGGGAGAGAGAAACGUCAUAUUGUAAGUAUUC